AUGUCCAAUAACUAUUGGAUGGAUAAUGGACAACAACAAAACUCUUGGUAUGACCAACAGAGUAAUGCUCAACCUGACAUGAGUUGGCAACAAUUUGAUUAUUCCCAAGCUCAACAACCUGCUGCUCCAGCACAAACUAACUACUAUGGAGCUCAGCAAUCGUAUAAUAACGAUGCUGGAGGUUAUGGUGGGAAAAUGUUUAUGCCCACGGGUCCAGCUCCCACUUCUGGAGAUACAGAAGACUAUGAUAACGAACCUCCAUUGUUGGAAGAGCUGGGCAUUAAUUUUUCUCACAUUAAGGAAAAAACCAUAGCAGUUCUGAACCCUGCUAGUACAGCAUCUGCCGAAGUAAUAGCCGACCAGGAUCUAGCUGGACCUCUGGUUUUCUGCCUUCUUUUUGGUGCUGCUUUAUUAUUGCAUGGAAAGAUGUCUUUUGGGUAUAUUUAUGGAAUAGGAGGUUUAGGAUGCGUAGGAAUGUAUGCUCUCAUGAACUUGAUGGCCGCUGACAAAACCAUUUCAUUCACUUGUACAGCUUCAGUGCUUGGAUAUUGCUUGCUACCUAUGGCCAUUCUUAGUAUGCUCACUGCCGUGUUAUCAUUCAAAGGUAUCAUUGGGUAUUCUGUAUCUGCUUUAGCUGUUUUAUGGUGUAGUUCAUCGAGUUCUAAGUUAUUCGUGAUAGCAUUGACGAUGCAUCAACAACGACUACUUGUAGCUUAUCCAUGUGUUUUACUCUACUCUGUGUUUGCCUUACUAGCAAUUUUCUAA